AUGUUCAACCGGUCACCUAUGAUCACUCUUCCCAAGAAGAGCGCUUGUCCUUCUCUAAAGUGCUUUGGCCCGCUUGAGCUUCUCGAGUUCAAGUUCUUCGGGCUCCGCGUCAGCUUCCCGUGGAACGACGCAUUCACAAAUAAGCAGACCACCCAUACCACUAUUGCGUACGAGAAGGCGUCCAUUCUUUUCCAGAUUGCGGCCACCUACAUGCUUAUUUACAUUGAUAAGAACCUCCUCCAUGCCCUUUCCGCCGAUCUCAGCCAUGGUGUCAUCAAGUGCCUAAUGGGUAUCACCAUCGCACAGGCGACUGAGGCUUUCCUGGAGAAAGCCAUUGGAGAGAAGAAGCCCCAUACUCUGAUAUUCAAAGUUGCCUCUCGUGCUUCGUACCUGUACACUUUUCUGACCGACGAACUCAAGGACCUUAUGGGCAAGGGUAUCUUUGAUCGAAAUUGGGGCACACUCACUCAGAUCAAAUCUCAACAUUUUGGUUCUUCGUCGCAAUACCACUAUGACUUGGUCGACGACAGGGCCGGAAUACUUAGAGAUGCCCUUGUCCGUUUCAUGCUCGCCGAGUCACUUGCGAAGGAAGCCAGUCGGAAUGUAAUUUCUUUCAAUACACUUCCCAUACACGUGUCACCAAUGCUCCCUGCCGAUGCUGGCAACGUCAUCCUGGACUGCAUCAAAACCCAGCUCACUCUCUGCACUGAGCGCAAGAAUGAGGCAACACGUGCAAACGACCUGAUCUACCAUCUCAAGAGGAUCAAGAGAUGCUUCCCGUGA